UCAUGGAGUAACGACAGGGUCAUUGACAGAACACGGUUCAAGUUACAUUGAACAGUGUUUUUUAAAAAAAGCUCAGUAAUUACAUUACAAAACUGUUAAAUAUUGAACCAAUCAGCACUGGAGGUUUGAUAGCCUGUCAUUUCUCGGGUGGAACUUUAAACAUUUUACUCCAAAAAAAGGUUAGGCUGACAGCAUCGACUACAACAAUUCAACAUGGUUGACGAAGAAGAAGCCGCGGYAACAGAGAAAGCAGAGUUCAUUCCAGAAGAUCAGGCAGAUAACGCGGAUCAGACUGAAGUCGACGGACCGCCGAAGCGUCGAGAACGUAGCAAUAGCUGCUGUGCGUUGCUGGCGUUAUUAGCAGUUCUACUGAUCAUUGCUGCUUUCUUCGCCGGUUAUCUGGUGCGACGACAUGUCUAUGGCACUCAGUGCAAACGAGAAGCGGCCGCAAAGAGAGGACUAGCGUCUACAAAGGAAUUAUAUUCCACAGCACUCGAUGGUGUUUCAACUGAGAAUCUCGAGAAGCAACUAAGAUAUUUUUCAAGCAUCCCACACAUCGCAGGGUCGAAUGAAAGCUAUCAACAAGCCCUGUACAUUGCUGACCAAUUCAAGGAAUAUGGAUUUGAUAAUGUAGAGUUAAAACAAUACAGUAUAUUACUAUCGUUUCCCGAAAAACCAGGGUAUGCCUCGUUAUUGGAUAUCAAUGGAACUAUUUUACAUAAAUCAGCCGCACGAGAAAAGAUACUCGAGCCUUCUGAGAACGAUUCUCGUGUUGUGAGUCCAUUUAAUGCUUAUUCGCCGUCUGGUAAUGUUAAGGGAAAACUUGUUUAUGUCAACUAUGGUCAUGAAGACGACUUUGUUGAGUUAGAAAAGCUCGGUGUUAACGUUAGUGGGAAGAUAGUUAUUGUGCGAUACGGAAAGUUAUUCCGCGGCGGUAAGGCUCAGAACGCUGAAAGGCGAGGGGCGAAAGCUGUCAUAAUCUACUCUGACCCGGCGGAUUAUGCUCCUGAAGGGAUUGACAAGACGUAUCCUGACUAUGAAGGACUGCCUGAACACGGUGUCCAGCGAGGAAACUUAUGGAUGGUUAAAGGCGAUCCACUUACACCGGGAUACCCAGCCACAGAUGGUAUUUACAGAGUACCGAAAGAGUCUCUUCCUUUUCCCAAAAUACCAGUACUUCCGAUAUCUUGGGCUGAUGCCACGCCCUUACUUAAAACCCUCACUAAAAGACCAGCCCCUGAAAGAUGGAAAGGCGACCUUAAAAUUUCGUACAACAUAGAAAUGGAUGCAGMAGAUCAAAGAGAAGUCAGAGUUGAAGUAUCGAAUACAAUGGAACAGAAGCCAGUGUAUGACGUCAUAGGAACUAUUACAGGAUCAAACGAACCAGAUCGUUACAUCAUUUUGGGUGCUCAUCGUGAUGCCUGGGUAUUUGGUGCUGUUGACCCUUCGAGUGGAACGUCUGUUAUGAUGGAGACCGCUAGGACACUUGGGGAACUUCGUAAGAAAGGUUGGAGACCAAGUCGAACAAUCAUGUUUGCUAGUUGGGGUGCAGAGGAACACGGCAUCAUGGGAUCGGCAGAAUGGGUUGAGGAAUUUGAGAAAACAUUGAGUAACCGAGCUGUGGUUUACAUUAACGUUGAUAGUGCAGUAUCAGGUUCAUAUUCAUUCUUUGCUAAGAGCAGUCCUAUUUUGGAUACGGCACUCUUURAAGCUACAAAAAAGGUCCCGAGUGCCAAAAGUACAACUGAAACUGUGUACGACGCAUGGUUGACAAAACGUCCUGCGGACGACGAUAAAAAGUUUCCAAUAGUAAUCCCUAUUGGUGCUGGAAGUGACUUCUUGUUCUUCUUGCAGCGACUUGGUGUCCCUUGCCUUGAUUUGUCUUACAAACGAAAAUCGGGUACCUAUCCUGUGUAUCACAGCGUUCAUGAUACAUUCCAUUGGGUCAAGAAAUUUGUCGAUCCAGAAUUUCGUUACCAUAGCACUAUCACCAAAGUAGUACUGCAGCUGAUCUUUGAUAUCGCAGGCUCAAAGAUACUUCCAUUUGACUUGAAUCGACUCGCGUCUUCACUUCAGAUUUAUGCGAAAGACUUAAAUAAAAAUCAUAACAAAUUACUAUCCGAACAUGGUAUCUCUCUGGAUUACGUAACAAAAGCUAUCAAAGAUUUGAAAAAUGAAUCUGCAGAGUUUAUGAAUUCCUUGGAGAAAAUGGACCUGAGCAACCCUCUUCAAGUCAGAAUUGCAAACGACAAACUAGUCCAAAUAGAAAGAGCGUUCAUAAACGACGAAGGACUUCCAGACAGACCAUCGAUGAGGCACCUGAUCUUUGCACCAAGCAUCUUUAAUCUUUAUGCCGGAAGUAAAUUUGCAGGAAUAAACGACGCAAUCUUUCUUGCCAACAAAAGUAACCAAACAAAGGACUGGGAACUAGUAAAAAAACAAAUAUCGAUGGUCGUGCAUUCAUUGCGGUCAGCGGUCACCAUUCUGAAGCCAUAGUCACGUGAUGGGCAUGUGUUGUCUUGGUGACUGUCGAGCCAUCAACUCACUUAAUACCCCAUGGACCGGAAUCAUUUUAGAAUGAAGCUCCUUUACUAGAAUCUGGAGCAUACGUUUCAGAAGAGGUAUCAAGUGAAGAAGAUCAUCAACCCUCAAAAUCUCCUUUCCCAAUCGCAAGAUUGAAACUGUUGGCUUAGUGAGAAUGAAUGAUCAGUGCUUAUAUUAUAAUAAUAAUACUAAUAAUAAUUUAAUAAGUUCCAUUGUAGAAUAAAAUACUAAAUUAUUAUAUUAUUAUGUAUUAUUAUUAUAAUAGCAAAACCCUACUUAAUAAUCAGUGUUUGAGAGACAAACUUUGUAGCUUUACUAUUCACAUACCACUAAACCACAAAAACAAUUCAAAAUUUUGAACAAAACAGCAUGCUAUAUUAUGAUGAUUAUAAAUGUAGCUUGUUUUGACACUAAAAUAUGGCUUUAUUAUAGUAAAUAACAUAUUAUUAUAGUAUAACAUGUUAUUAUAGUAAAUAACAUGUUAUUAUAGUAAAUAACAUAUUAUUAUAGUAAAUAACAUGUUAUUAUAGUAAAUAACAUGCCAAAAAAACACUCCACGUACAUGCACCUGUUUGUGACUUAAUCUCUCUUCUUCCUCUUGUUGCUUUCAAAAAGUCUUUCCGAGGCUGUCAACGAAAUCACUGCAUGUUCGACCAAUGCGGACUGGCCCGGACAACAGUCUAAAAUUUAUCAUGRAAAAAUCACACWGUUUGCAUGRUACGUCUUCACACAUACGCGAAAACUGACUUUACAGACUAAAAGGAGGCAUAAACCAUAUGGGGUUUCCGUUUGAGCCAAUUAUCUUAAACGUGGGUGGAUAACUUCGCUGCAAAAAAAUAUUUCUCCAGUUUCCCACAGAUUGAAUGACAUAGCCUGAUUACUAUUCCUUUGCUGUCGAGAAUUGAUCAAAUUGAAAUAUGUAAUAGUUUAGGCGCGAGCUGUGGUCAGUUUUCAAUAAUCGAUUAUACGAUGAUCUUGAGCACUCACAGCCUGAAAUCGUACAUCAUGUAAAAUAAACUUAAAUGUUUCACAAUAAAUCAGUCAAUCAGA